AUGGCCAGUGAGAAAUCUCAAAACCCGUUCGAAAAUUUAGGUCGGCAUGCCGAGUCCGACGACCCUUCCAUACCUGGCCCCGCCAGCAGCUCCGAUCCCAACUUCGAUCCCCCGCCGUAUACUCUGGCUCCUGAGCCCGAGACGCAACAAGCCCGUGAUAUGCCUGGUCCUAUGACGUUCCCUAUGAUGGCCCCUAUGCCGGCCCCGACCCCGACAUCACCUUCCCGGCGAAACAACCUCAUCGCCAUCCCUGCUACCGGAGCCUCCAACGACUCCCCGUUCAUCCGUGCCUAUGCCCCGAUCCUCACCGACUACAACCUCCCCCGAGAGUCUUUCCUCGGUUUCCUUGACCAGCUAAACAAGGUCGUCGCCACAAGCCCUCCAUUACAGGUGCUGGAUGCGACGGGCGGUGUCUUGAGGUCCGUCCCGAUCCUGUUCCCUCUCCACUGGAUCGGCUCGGCGGUCAGCGGGCUGGCAAAUCUCGGAAGCCAGGGAGUCUCGAAGAGUCGCACAGACUCGGCGAUUCGCCAAGCCAAUAAGGAUAUCUUCGGCCCUCGCGGUCUCAAGGCCGAAAUUGCGAAGCUGGACGCGCUGGCUCAUGUCGCCAAUAUCCCCAUCCUGGACUCUCAUGGCAAAGUGAGCCGCCAGACGCCUCUGCUUCAACGGCUGUUGAAUGAGUCUGGUGGAUAUGCCCAUGAAGCUGUCCAGGAUUUGGACAUACAGCAACGUCGCAUCAGGAUACUGCAGCCGUGGAUUGCUGAUCUCCAACUGGAAACCUUGCCCUGGACCACCAAGUCGAAAUUGACUCGCUUUAAUACGGCCUUGAAGAAGAGGAAUGACGGCGGGCAACCCCAGCCUUCAAGGGAUGCGAGCUCUCAUGCCGACGAGGAAGAGACAGGAUUGCGGAAAUGUCUCUGGCUUAUUAUCAGGCCGUUGGAUGCGAACUAA